CGUACCGAAUAGAGCAGGUCCCUCGAUAAGAAAAUGCUGAGGUAGACAUCCUCUCAUAGCUUGGUCCCGAUUCCGCGGAUCAUGUCAAGGCUAUGACUCAAGAAGAGGAGUUAUUUGAACCAAGCAUCAGUCCCAGACAAGUUUUGGUCAUUACACUCAAUGAGCCGGACUGGAUUGACGAGUUGACCAUGUACAUCCUUGACGGGUCGAUACCAACAGAGCCGGUCGCAGCCAAGAUCGUCAAGCGACGCGCACCUAGCUAUACCCUGGUGUGCGGGAGGUUGUAUAAGCGAUCGUACAAUGGUACAUUGCUAAGGUGUUUAAGGAGGGACGAAGCGCAGAAGCUGAUGGAGGAAAUCCUUGAGGGAAUAUGUUCGGCACAGCAAGGAGCUUUUACGAUGUCGAGGAAGAUAACCUUGCAGGGGUACUUUUGGCCGACGAUCAUUAGAGAUUGCACAGAGUACGUGCGUAAGUGUAAGGUGUGCCAAGAAAUCCAGAGGGUACUAGGGCGACCAGCAACGAACUACACCCCAAUCAGCACGGCAAUUCCCUUUGCUCUGUGGGGUAUUGAUUUGGUUGUCGCGAUCAACUACUUUACCAAGUGGGUCGAGGCCGCUCUAGUACCGACCAUCACCGAAGAAAAAAUGAGGAAGUUUGUGUCGAAACAAAUCUUGUGUCGUUUUGGAGUGCCCCAACAGAUCAUCACUGACAAUGGAACUCAGUUCGAGGCUAGGGGGUUCAAUGAGUUUUUACAAAGUUGGGGCAUAAAGCAUAGUUAUGCCGCGGUCGGGUAUCCACAAACCAAUGGGCAGGUCGAGAAUACUAACUGCACCAUUGUGGAUGGCCUGAAGAAGAAGAUAAUGGAAUGCACAAACGCGUGGGUAGAAGAAUUACCUUACAUCCUACGGACUUACAGGACCACCCUGAGGAAGGCCACGGGGGAAACGCCGUUCGCGCUCACAUAUGGAUUCGAGGCAAGGGCUCCAGCCGAAACCUCACUGCUGAGUUAUAGGGUGGAGAUGUUUGAUGCGCAAGAGAAUGAGGAAAGCUUGAGGGCGGAAUUACACCUCAUAGACGAGCAAAGAGAAAAGGCCUACAUCCGGGCCGAGAAUUACCGCCGAGAAGUUAAGUCGUACCAUGACCAGAGGGUGCGACCAAGGCAGUUCAAAAUAGGCAACUGAGUCCUAAGGAAAAGGGAGAAUCACGUACUAAAACUUAUAGUGAGUAAGAAAUUUAUACCUUUCUCCGUAAGCGGUAAAAACGAAGAAGUCGUAGGAAGAGCGUUGAAAGUGCAAACGUAACCGUUCAAGCGUCCGGUCUCCAACUUUGACACACGAACAACGCCGGAGUCUACCACAAUCUUUAUGCUAAAAACGUAAUACUUCAAGUCGAAGGAUAGUUACACCCGUGGUCGCGCUAAAGAUGCUUAGAGCAUGAACUAAAAGUUCAAGCAACAUCUUUAGGAUGGGUCAGUCCGGCAUCCUAUUAUCUCUAGAUAAUAUCUGCCCAUGUGCGGAUGCGAACACACCGUCAUUGACUAUGAGACUAAGUCAAACAUCCAACACACACUAGUCUCACAUGCAUUAACGAUAUCCCACUCUCGUUAAUACUCGACUAUGGACAUUUAGAUAAAUAUUUAUUUCAAGAUGUUAGUCUCAUCAGCAGAAGAACACUAUCUGAUAAACAUCUUUUAAAUAUAAAUCUAGGAAUAUAAU